AUGUCGACUAUCAGCGGGCCAUCCGACGCCGCGAGCGACGGGGUGGCGCAAGAGGCCGCGGGCGCUGGUCCGGUGCCAGGUCCGCAGGCGCCGCAGGGCACGGCGGCGCAGGCUGACGGCUCGCGGGAGGCGCUGCCGUUCGAGGACGUCGAGGCCUGCUGGAAAGGGCGGCGGGACGAGUGGCGGGACGAGGUCGUGGGCGCGGCCGGGUCUGCCGUCGACCUCGCCGGCUUGCUCGCGGAGCUCCUGUGCUCCCUGACGGCGGCGGCGGUGUCCUACCUCUGGCGGUCUCGCGGCCAGUAUGACAAGCUCUACGGCGAGCUCUACGACCUCGCGUCGGGGCGCAGGUCCGACCCAGUUGCAGCGACACUCCGCCGGCUCGUCGCGGCAGUCGAGACGGCGGCGCUGCCUCCCGCCGACGCGCGCGAGAGGCAGCUCAAGGUGGUGCAGCUGCCGCCCGCGGAGGCGGCCGAGGGGGCGGCCGUGCAGGUUUACUUUUCGGACGAGGAGCGGUGGUACCGCGGCACGGUCACGGCCGUGAAUGGGAACAAGACGUUCACGGUGCUGUUUGAGGACGGCGACGAGGACGCGUCGUACGAGGGCUGGGCCGCUAAGUGGGACGAGUGGGUGCAGCGCGACUCGGGCCGGCUUCGGCUGUACCGGCCCGACGAGCUCACGCUGUCCUCGCUCCCCGACGAGCUGGCCUGCAGCCUCUCCCUGCGGCGCGCGUCGGCCGUCUGCCGCUCGUGGCGCGCGAGGCUGCGUCGCGGCCAGCGCGACGCGGACCGGCUCUUUGAGAGCGCGUGGCUCAACUUGCCCGUCGUCGACCCGCUCGACGGGCGCGUCUGCCUCGGCGUCGCGGCCGCCCUCUCCCGCGCUCCGGCCGGCGAGCGGGCGGUGCAUCUCGUCGCCGACGCGGGCGCGGCUCUGUGCGACGGCACCCUGCACCUGCACGGCGGCGAGGGCGGGCUCGUCGAGGGGCUGGCCAUCUCGCACGAUCUCCCCCGCGAGGGCGGGCUCGUCGAGGGGCUGGCCAUCUCGCACUUCCGUGACGAGGCAGUCGUCGUGCACACUGGCACGUGGACGCUGCGAGGCUGCAGCAUCGCCUCCUCGCGCAAGUCCCGCGCCGUGACCGCGGUCACCGUGCGCCCCGGCGCGGCGCUGCGGCUCGAGUCGUGCUCGGUGCGAAACGCCCUGUCCGCCGCGAUGCUGCACGACGGCGCGGAGCUGCGCGCCGUCGAGUGCGUCUUCGACAACACGCGCACCGGCGUGAUAAGCCGCGGCGGCCACUUGGAGCUCGAGCGCUGCCGCGUGGAGGCGCCGUGCGACGUGGUUCUCAAGCUGAACCCGAGGACCACCGGCCACGCGACGGCCAACCGG